AUAGAGUUCUUGAAUCGAAUCUUUUCAAGACAAAUCUAAGCAACACUCCUGACUUCAGCUACCAUGAAAACCCUUUUUGCCAUUACUCUGAUCAUUCUUUGCUUGUCAGGUCUCUUGGAAAGUAUUUUGAUUAAGUUUGGAGAUUUAGAAUUCACAGUUGACGAUGCAAUGAAAUUGAAGGACGUGAUUGGUGAAGAAAAAGAAUUUGGGCAUAAAAUGGAAGGAAUCCUAAAUCUUUGUAAGGAACCUACCUUACCAGCCAACUUCAAGCCAAUCUGCCAGAAGAAUGAUGCUCCCCAGGUGUUUUCUACAUUGUAUGAUAUAGCAAGCAAUCCAUACCCUUGUGACAUCUGUUCCUUUGCUGUGUGCACAGGUUGUACCUAACCUGAGAAGGGAAAAUUUGCAAAGAAAGGCUAAACGACAUCCCUGAGUAGUUGAUUCUUACAAAAAAGGAAAAAAUCCUGUACUGACUAUUUUUAGUUUUAAUGUUGAUUUUCUAUGUGACUUCAGAAUUUCAUGAUGAAAGGGCAAAACACAGUUUGAACCCAAGAAAAAUGCAACAAGCAGGUGCUUAUUGCUCUGUACAUUCAAAUCCAUAGGGGCUUUGCUUGCUAUUUGCUGAUUUCUCCCUCCCCACCCUCCUCCCCGCGGGGUAAUAAUGAGGACUUACCUGCAGAAUUUCAUGAAGUAUUGCUUUGUCAAUGAUUUGAAAUCAAUAAAAAUGGAUUCAAAACC